AUGUAUUUUGAUUUAAUAGAAUCAUGUAAAGACUAAAAUAGUUCAAGAAUGAUUUAAAAAUAAUUUGAAAGCUCUUCUAUUGAAUAAAAAAAUAUUAUUUUCUAAAAAAUUUAUCAAGAAGCAUUAAAUUUAAUGAAAGAUUAGUUUGGAAAUUACGUUAUUUAAAAGUUUUUUGAAAAAGGUUAAAAAAAGAAAAAAUUAUAAAAAUAAAUAUAUAUAUAAACAGGCAAUACUGAACAUAAAAUAUAACUAUAUUAGCUUUUAAAGGGGUAAGUUUUAGAUUUAUCUUUACAUACUUAUGGAUGUAGAGUUAUUUAGAAAGCACUAGAAGAAUUAAAAGACUAUCCGGAAUUACAGGAAGGAAUAAUUUAAGAAAUUAAUGAUAAAAUAAUGGUAUGUAUUUAAGAUUAACAUGGCAAUCAUGUUAUCUAGAAAUGUUUUGAAACAAUUAGUUCUUCUAAAUAAAUUAACUUGCAUUUCAUCCAUACGGUUGUAGAGUAAUUUAGAGAAUAUUAGAAUUGUGUGUUGCCGAUGAAGUAAUUUUUUUUUUUAAUAACAUUAUAUAUUUGGAAAUAAAAAAAGACAAAAGAAAUAUAUGAUAAAUUAAUGGAAAAUAUAAUUGAUUUGUGCAAGUGUUAAUAUGGAAAUUAUAUUAUUUAAUAUAUUAUUGAAAAAGGAUCUAAUUAUUAUAAACAGAAAAUGCUUAAAAUAAUAAAAGAAAACUUUGUUUGUCUUUCUUUAAAUAAAUUUGCUUCUAAUGUUACUGAAAAAUCUAUACUUUUUUCAGAUGAUUCAUUCAAAUUAGGUGUUUUGGAUGUUUUAUUAAGCUAAUUUAAUAAUUAAAGUUAAGAUACUGGCAUUAUUAAAUUGACAAAAAAUGCUUAUGGAAAUUAUGUUGUAUAGAGAUUUUAUGAGAAGUCUAAUUUUGAUAUUAAAUAAAAGUUGUGUGCUUAUUUAUUAUAAAAUGAGUUAAUUUAUAAUGAUAUCGUAUCAAAUAGUUAUGGUAAGCCUUUUUUUAAAAAAAAUUCUUAAAAUAAAAAAAUUAUUUUAGGUAAACAUGUACUUACUCAUAUUGAGAAAAAUAGAGUUGAUAAUAUUAGAAAUAAUAGUUAAAAUUUUAUUCAAAAUAAUUAAUUUUCUAAUAGUAAAAUUAAAUAAAAGAAAAAAUUUUGA